GUGACCACGUGUCUCUUUCUCCCUCAGCUGAAAGCCACAGACGCGGAUGAGGGCGAGUUUGGGCGUGUGUGGUACCGUAUCCUUCAAGGUAACCAUGGCAACAACUUCCGGAUCCACAUCAGCAAUGGGCUCCUGAUGCGAGGGCCCCGGCCCCUGGACCGAGAGCGCAACUCAUCCCACGUGCUGAUAGUGGAGGCUUACAACCACGACCUGGGCCCCAUGCGGAGCUCCGUCAGGGUGAUCGUGUAUGUGGAGGACGUCAACGAUGAGGCCCCCGUGUUCACACAGCAGCAGUAUAGCCGCCUGGGGCUUCGAGAGACCGCAGGGGUCGGCACGUCAGUCAUCGUCGUCCGAGCCACAGAUCGAGACACCGGGGACGGCGGCCUGGUGAAUUACCGCAUCCUGUCUGGGGCCGAGGGCAAGUUUGAGAUUGAUGAGAGCACAGGGCUCAUCAUCACCGUGGAUUACCUGGACUAUGAGACCAAAACCAGCUACCUGAUGAACGUCUCUGCCACCGACCAGGCCCCGCCCUUCAACCAGGGCUUCUGCAGUGUCUACAUCACGCUCCUCAAUGAGCUGGACGAGGCUGUGCAGUUCUCCAACGCCUCCUAUGAGGCGGCCAUCUUGGAGAACCUGGCCCUCGGCACUGAGAUCGUGCGGGUCCAGGCCUACUCCAUCGACAACCUCAACCAGAUCACCUACCGCUUCGACGCCUAUACCAGCGCCCAGGCCAAAGCCCUCUUCCAGAUAGAUGCCAUCACGGGUGUGGUCACCGUCAAGGGCCUGGUGGACCGGGAAAAGGGUGACUUCUACACCUUGACGGUGGUGGCAGACGACGGUGGCCCCAAGGUGGACUCCACUGUGGUGAGUGGGACCCCGGGUGAGAGCCCCACAGGUAGAGUCUACAUCACGGUGCUAGAUGAGAACGACAACAGUCCCCGGUUUGACUUCACCUCCGACUCGGCCGUCAGCGUGCCUGAGGACUGCCCCGUGGGCCAGCUUGUGGCCACCGUCAAGGCCCGGGACCCUGACGCCGGCAGCAAUGGGCAGGCUGUGUUCGUGGCCAGGCCUCUGGACAGAGAAGAACUAGACCACUACAUCCUCAAGGUUGUAGCGUCUGACCGUGGUACCCCUCCACGGAAGAAGGACCACAUCCUACAGGUGACCAUUCUGGAUGUCAAUGACAACCCUCCAGUGAUCGAGAGCCCUUUAGGGUACAAUGUCAGUGUGAACGAGGUGAGGGCAGCUCUUAUGUCCGGAUAG